AUGCCCCUAGAAAAUUUGGAAGAAGACAGCCUGGCGAAGAAUCCCGACCUUGAGUUGGCACAGAUGAAGUUCCUGCUAGCCCGACACGAGCCCCACAACGACAAACUCAAGCAGGAUCUCAUGAUUGCCAUCACCGAUCAUGACAUGGCACCUUUCUACGAGGAGACUUGCGCUGAUCUCAACUGGGCCAUCGAUCAAGAGUUGGCGGCCAAGAUGAGGGCUGCCAACGUGGCCGAGUUGGCGCGCCUCGACGCGGCCAUCGAGGACGCCGAGAAGAACUUGAGCGAGACGGAGGUUCGCGAUGGCUACCUGCGCAAGGCGGAGUACCUGAGCCGCAUCGGUGACAAGGAUGCGGCACUGGCACAGCUCAACAAGACGUAUGACAAGACGGUGGGUCUCGGUCGCCGGCUGGACGUGCUCUUCCACAUCAUCCGCAUCGGUUUCUUCUACAUGGACCACGAGCUCAUCACCCGCAGCAUCGACAGGGCCAAAGGCCUGGUUGAAGAGCGCGGUGACUGGGACCGUAGGAAUCGGCUGAAGGUGUAUACGGCAGUGUACAGCAUCGCGCUGCGGGACUUCAAGAAGGCCGCCACCCUGUUCCUGGAGACGGUGUCGACCUUCACCUGCUACGAGCUGAUUGACUACGAGCGCUUCGUCACCUACACAGUUCUGACCUGCGUCAUAUCCCUUCCCCGCGUCGAGCUCCUCCAGAAGGUUGUCAGAGGAGCCGAGAUCCUGGAAGUUUUGCAUGGCAUACCAGACAUUAGCGAGUACCUGUUCUCUCUCUACAAGUGCCGCUAUGCCAUCUUUUUCAGGAAGCUCGCAUACGUCGAGCAGAUGCUCCUACGCGACCGCAUCUGGGCUCCGCACGUGCGCUACUACGUGCGCGAAAUGCGCAUCCUGGCCUACUCCCAGCUGCUGGAGUCCUACCGCAGCCUGACGCUGCAGUACAUGGCGGACACCUUCGGAGUCACCGUGUCCUUCAUAGACCAGGAGCUGGCGCGCUUCAUCGCGGCCGAUCGUCUCAACUGCAAGAUCGACAAAGUGGGCGGGGUGGUGCAGACAACGCGGCCUGACAUCAAGAACCACCAGUACCAGGCUUGCAUAAGGCAGGGAGACAUUCUUCUCAACAGGAUACAGAAGCUCAGUCGCGUCAUCAACAUCUGAGCAUCCCUGGCGGACCACUUCGACUCUUCGCGGGCCCCUCCUCGCAAGUUCGUUCACUGUACGGCACCGCCCUCCUGGUCCUUCUCAUUUUUUUUUCC